AACCGGGAUGGGCGGGGUUUGGUGAUGGAAGGCCACGCCUACAGGAAGAUGGGUGGUGCAACUGGAAAAGAUAUUGAAGAAAUAUGAAGGUCUUCCAUCUCUGCUGGCUCUGCAGGUUUCUAUGGUGACUCCACUAGUUUCCUGAAACGUAUAUCGGCGAUUCCGAGGAAGUGUGUAGAAAAAAUCCGUCUGGAAAGAAGCAUCACAUCCCGCAAAGAGACAUCAAGUCUGCCAGCCUCUUGAGCUUUGAUGACAUAUCACAUGACAGUGAAAAUUUGGUGGAUUCUGGAGAACUCAAGGAGGUACAGCAGAGGACAAGGAUCACAGAGGGAUGGAGCUGCGCAGGCAGCGACUUUGAGGGGAAUGCAGCAAUUGACUUCUGAAGGAAUUCCCCACAAUGAAGAGGUGUAUGUUGGCAAAGACAAAGAGACAGAGCAACUGCCCAGUAGUUAUCAGAAGGAAGAACAGGAAGGAAAUCAAGAGCAACAGAAAUCACAAUAUACCAAUUUGCUUGAUUUUAGAUGGCUACAGGAGAAGGAGGAGGAAGAGGCAGCUCACCAGGAUGACUCUAGUAGCAUGCUGGAGGAUCUUAGCAGCCAAGGGUUAUUUGCGAAACACACAGCAUGUGAUAUUCAGGAAGGGCUUUGGCCUCCACCUGGGGACAAUACUGAAGAACAUCUGGAGACCAGAGUGAAUGAGGUAUCUUUGAUAGAUAGUUUUGAAUCUGAUGGAAAACUCCCGACAAACACCAAUCUAUCCAAGUCCAGCUGCCUGGACAGCAGUUCCGUGGACCACGAGGGCUACUAUCUGUGUGAUGAGGAAGCCCUUUUAAAAGAAUCCAGUGCUUCCACCGGCUAUUAUCCCUGCUAUCGAACGUACGUGGAGUUCCCCCGGUAUCAGCCUUCCAACACGAGUGACCUCAAGGAGCAGAAAGGAAGUCCCUGCGAUGCCAGUGUCCAGUGCGAUGGGUGUCUGGAGGAAGAAGCUGUCGGCAGAGAGAAAAAAGGAGUGGAACUUAAUAAUAACUUCAAAGAGCUUAAGGUAUCAGUGGCUCUCCAGGAUUCUUCCCAUGGUCAACCAACGGGGGGCUCCAGGCCUGGAUCUGGUGGGAGAAAGCUGGAAGGACCUGGAGGGAGGCGUUUGAGGCCAUCCAGCAGUGACCAAGAAUCAGGUAGUGCUCGGAAGGAGCCAGAGGCAAUUCUGAAGCCCCGCACCCCAGGAAGCUCCCCGUACAAGGCGAGCGCAAGGCUCAAAACCUCCAAAGAGCCACCAGCCUCAGUACCAUGGAACAACCUCCUGCUGCCCACAGCCAACAUCAGCAGCAGGAAAUCUCCCCAGAAACGGAAGCACAGAAGCAGCCAAGCAGAUGAGAAGGAGCAGGCCACUCUUAUGGAACUAAAGCCACUGCUCCAAGACCAGCGCUCGCUGCCCCCGAGCCCGGAGGCCAAGGCAGGAUCUCCAGGAAUCCUCUGCUAUCGCACAGAGCAAGCAGGGGAAAAUAGCCAGGUCCGGCCUACAAAAGACAAAAAAAGCCCCAGCCUUCGGCAGCUGCCUCCUGCUGUGGCCUUCACCACAGCAGCUGAGUCUCCCCCGAGUUCUGCAAAGCCCCACACCGCCUCCUCCCGUCUCAGCUUCCACACCAUCGUCUCCUGGGUCUGGAACAUCUUCAAGAGACCACCGUCGCCGCAGCCGCAGCCUAGUACCAGCGAUGAAACGGAAAUAGGAGGCAGCAGGCAGUCGCUGACCUCGCGGCUAAGACUGUGGCUCACUCAACGCAGCGGCCGCAUUCACCCCAGGCCACCGUGAUAUUGGUCAUCCAUCUCUGGGGAGAGUCAGCUCCUUGGGGGAUGUGACAUAUUUUUCAGAAACUGAUGGUUUCCAUUAAAAACUUCUGCUUCCCUCUUUUGUGCCAAAAAGAGAGAGGGAGAGUGGAGAAAGUGGAAUACAUUUGCUGUCACUGUGAUGAAGGCACUGAAGGUUGGGUGUUGGGCGGGGGCGGCCUGGCUACUUAAUUGUUAUGCUGCCCCCACAAGUCAAAGAGGCUAUAGCAAUCUCAAAGGUGCUUUUGCAAAAGGCGGCUGAAUUGUUUUUUUCAAGAAGCUUCAUUGGAAGCUCAUUAGAGCUUCCUCAAGGAAAAAACAGUUCAACUGCCUUUUGAAAAAGCACUUUUAAUAAUAAUAAUAAUAAUAAUAUUUUAAUUUGUAUACCGCCCAUCUCCCAAAGAACUCAGGGCGGUGAACAGCCAAAAUAAAAUACAAAAGGAACAAUACAUACAAUACUAAGAACAACCCUUAAAAAACUUAUUCAAAUGUGAUGUCCCAGUGCCUGGGGGCCGUACGGGUCUGGAUGGAGAGGAACAGACUCAGACUCAAUCCCACCAAGACCGAGUGGCUGUGGAUGCCGGCGGCCCGGUACAGUCAGCUAAUUCCAUCACUGACCAUUGAGGACGAACUAUUGGCCCCCACGGAGAGGGCUCGUAAUCUGGGCGUCCUCCUGGAUGCACGGCUGUCUUUAGAAGAUCAUAUGAUAGCUGUCACCAGGGGAGCUUUUCAUCAGGUUCGCCUGAUACGCCAGUUACACCCCUUUCUGGAUCGGGCUUCCUUAUGCACGGUCGCUCAUGCCCUUGUUACAUCCCGCCUGGACUACUGUAAUGCUCUCUACAUGGGGCUCCCCUUGAAGGGUACCCGGAGACUCCAACUGGUCCAGAAUGCGACUGUGCGGGUGAUAGAGGGAGCACCUUGUGGCUCCCAUGUAACACCCCUCCUGCGUAGUCUGCACUGGCUCCCGGUGGUCUUCCGGGUUCACUUCAAGGUACUUGUUAUCACCUUUAAAACGCUCCAUGGCCUAGGGCCGGGAUAUUUACGGGACCGCCUACUGCCACCAUUAGCCUCUCACCGACC